GGACUUUUUGAAAAGCACUGUAUCUUUAAGGUGAACGAUAUGGACAUGGAUGGAGUCACUAGAGAAGACGCCGUCCUGUUCCUUCUCAGCUUACAAGAUAGGAUAGAAUUAAUUGUGCAAUACUGUAAAGAAGAAUACGAUAACAUUGUAGCAUCUCAAAAAGGCGACAGUUUCUAUAUCAAAACUCACUUUCAUUAUGACAAUCCCGCUAAGGGAGAAAUGUCCUUUAGAUCUGGUGAUAUAUUCCAUGUUAUUGACACGCUGUAUAAUGGCGUUGUAGGAUGUUGGCAAGUAUUUAGGAUAGGUCGAAAUAAUCAAGAGGUACAAAAAGGAAUAAUUCCAAACAAAUCUCGAGCUGAGGAACUGGCAACAGCUCAGUUCAAUGCAACCAAAAAAGAAAUGUCCGCCAACGAAUCGAGAGGUAGCUUCUUCAGGAGACGUAGAAGCUCUAACAGAAGAUCUAAGAGUCUGGGAAAAGAACAUUGGGAUGACAUCCUAUUUUCGGAUACUGUUUCGAAGUUCCCAGCAUACGAGAGGGUACUGCUAAAACACCCAGGCUUUACGAGACCUGUAAUAAUGUUUGGACCAAUCGCGGAUAUCGCUAGAGAAAAAUUGUUGAAAGAUUUUCCAGACAAGUUCAUUUCACCACAGCUCGAUACUUCAGCAGAAGAGAACAACGCCAAGUCAAAAACGUCAAAUAACUCAAAUAUAAUAAGGUUAUCAGCAAUAAGAGAUGUGAUAGCAACAGGCAAGCAUGCAUUAUUAGACAUCACUCCGAACGCAGUGGAAAGGUUGAAUUAUGCUCAAAUGUAUCCGAUUGUAGUGUUCUUCAAGGCGGAAACAAAAAUUGUGAUCAAGCAGCAGAGACAGGGCCUUCCAAAGUCUGCACAUAAGAGUUCCAAAAAGCUCCUGGAGCAAUGCCAGAAGCUGGACAAAGUGUGGAGCCACGUUUUUAGUGCCACUGUCACGUUGAAUGAUAAUACGGACACGUGGUAUAGGAAAGUUAGGGAAAUUAUAGAUAAGCAACAAAGUGGGGCAUUGUGGAUGUCAGAAAGCAAGCCUACCUAUGAUACCAGAUAUGGUUUCAACAAUUCCAACGCUCAACAAGACCAACCACCCGAGCAACUUGAUACUCCAACAGACUCUCCACUCACCAAGGAACCCACUUACACACUUUCCAAUCAAGACAUAUCAAUGGACCCUCAAGGGCCGUAUCCUAAAAACUCGAUGGAUUCCCAAGGCCCAUACUCUGGCAACCCUCAAGAAUAUUCAAAAAGCCCUCCGUACUCUGGAGGAGGUGGUAAGCCUCCCGAUUACUCUAAGAUGGACAGCAGGAACGAUUACGGUAGUAGGAAUGAUACGUACGGGUCACCAGAUAGAAGGCAGGAUUUUAGUCCAGAAAGGAAUAUGAAUAUGCAUAAAAGGCAAGUUAGUACCUUGCAUGGAGGUUACAAGGGGAUGAGCGAACAUAGCCCUAUGAAGGAAGGGGUGUAUGGACAGGUACCCGAUUUACCGCCAAGGGUUGACAGAGCUGCAAAACCUAUGGGUCUGUUAACUACUCCAGGGAAAAUACCGAAUGGUAGGUCUGCACAUGAAAGGUUGUUUGGUGCAAAGGCAAAUCCUCAGCUAGAUGGAAAUAUGAACGAAAAUGGAAACUUCAAUCCUAAACCUGGAUCUUUAGAAAGAAGUCAGAAUUCAAAAUCGGAUUCGCUAUCAAGUUAUGACUCGUUCAACAAGCAACCACGCACCAUAGGUCCAAACGCCCACGAUGACCUGAAAACAACCCUUUCGAAAAUAGACACCAACCUCCAAAAUAGCCCUAGUAAAUAUCCUCCUGGUACGAGGUGGGAUGGUAGACGAAAACAAGAGGGAAAGUAUGGCACCACUGGUAUGGGUGAACAGUUUAUGGAAAGUAGUCCCAGGAGUUCGCAAGAGAUAGAUAAGGAGGGUAGUAUGGAGUGUGUUAGUCCUAGAGGAUCGGUUGAAAGGGAUAUUUAUAAAUAUUCGAGAUCUCCAGCCAAACAAGGCAUUCCAACCAAAACGCACAUAGAAACAAAGACUGAUUAUGGAAAAUACAGCCGGAACGCUGCAAACCAUCCUCACAACUCCAGCCAACAACCACCACCCUCUCACUCAUCGCAACCGCCCCCGCAUAUCGGCCCGCCGCCCCCUAUUAGCGCUCCCGAGUACGCGCGAUCUUCCCACCAGGACCUCCGGGAUGCCGCCCUCAGCGUGCACAGACAGCAGUCGCCGCUGCGCAGCCCCCAGGCGAGGCACAACGGAUUCGAGGGCGGGUACAAGCCGGUGCCGCCUCCGAAACCGAAGAAUUACAGGCCGCCGUACAACGGGGCGGGGCAGCAGCAGUAUCAGCACGGGAAGAGUCAUAGUAAUCCGGUGGAUCCGAGACUGCAGCAAUCUUCUCACCAGCAUCAUCAUGCCAAUUACUAUUACGACUCCCCACAAAAUCAUAAUUCCUACCAUGGGGAUCAACCCGUACGAUAUCCUGGAUACGAGAUGGCUCCACCAUAUCAUCAAGAAUCUCCAAGAAGGCAUCCCAGCAUAUCAUAUGCUAGCAGGAGCGAAAUUCAAUCUAUCAGUUAUUCAGCACACCAGCAUGACAGCCCAUACAAAAUGGACCAUUCCACAGGAAACGACAUGUUGGACACCCGACCGCCAGUCGUGGAUCUUCAGGGUUCCAGAGAGCAAAGAGGAUCUGCUUUCGAGCUUUAUCGCAAGCCCAUAAGCCAUAAUAUGAGGUGAAAGGAUGCUGUCGCCUCUCGUAAUGUGUGGACCGCAAGGUACCGAAUUUCUGAAGCCUGUGAUCCUGAACAUCCCGCACUACGCUAACACACUGCCCAGCUUAGGAGUCAGUCUGAAAGCGACCGAUUCCGAGCAAGAGCUGCAAACGAACUGGGACAACAUCCUAUUGCCUAGCAACCAUGCAGCCAAUAGUGUGUCGGUCAAAGUUGAUCAUUUUUGAAAACGCCUUUCAUACCUUUUUACUAUGCAUUUGUGAAGCACACAAUUUCGAUGCAAUAUAUUCCGUUAACGCCAACUGGUAUCACCGUUAUUUUGUAUCCACAGAUUACUGAAAAGUAUGUUUUCUAGUAUGUGGGUUGUGUAUAGAGAUGGCAGCGUACUACCUUGACACGGUGUACAGGUAUUGGGUGUAAUGGGGAAUCCACGAAGAAUGUAACUUCCAAACGAGCAGUAUUUUUGUAGCAUAAUUUAAUUAUAAUAUAUUGCAGGCUAUAUCAGCUAUAUUUCGGUAAUAUUGUUUGCAAUAUGUUGAUACCUACGCUGGUCAGAAUUUCUCAUCAAAAGGGGUAUAAAAUCAAGAAUUGCUAAAUGAUUGCACUAAUAUAAGUAGGAUACCAAUAAUUCAGCAAUAUGACAGCGAUAAGCGAUAUGAAAAUAGGUCGCAAAUAUCAAAGGUGUAGCAAUUUCUUUACUUUAUAUUGCAGUGAAAAUAUUGCCCAAUACAAGCGUCAUAAUGUAUUCUUGUGUUGAUAUCGACUAGAGAUUCCCCUGUAAUAUUACAGGAAAUAUACAUGAUUUGACAUCUUUAUAUGGUACAUGUGCAACUGUUUUUUUAAAUUAGAACCUUGUCCUUGAAUAAAGGAUAAUCGAAAACGGCCCUUCCAGUCCAAAUUGAUAGUUAUUUGAGGCACCUGUGGUGACGUAUGCCCGAAAUCAAUAGUGGUAUAAUCGUAGCUCUCUCAUAUAAUACUAUUAUUACACAUAGUCUAAUCAUAUUAGACGAAUAUCCCGCGAAAUAAUUCUAAAGUCUGUUUUUUUUGUGCAAGUUGUUCAAGAGGGUAUUUAAAACAUGGACACAUAAAAUGGGUACACCACUUUUUGGCAGGAACGAAAAAACUCUUCAAAAAAGAUUUCUAGGUAUUUAUGAGAUCUUCAAAAUUCAACCACACGUAAAAAGAUCCGACUACUAGUAAAUUACGCCCUCUUGCUUUACUGAAUCCUUAUACCACUAUACUUAAGACUAACAAAUGUCAAGUGAACGUUGGAAGCAUAUCAAAUCUCUUAUAAACAAUUACAGUAUACUCUUGAAAACUAUACAAGAUACAAUGCUGAAUCUUUAAUUAAUUUAUUAGGAACUAAUAACGAGCAUUUUGCGUAAUUCUUAACACGGUCAGGUCGCUACAAUUGGUUGAUAUUUGUCUACUGUUUUUUCGAUUUCUUGAGUUUAUUUUCCAACAUUUUAAACUCGCAGUCGUUUUAAUCGAACAAGAUUUCGAAAACGUAUACUAAAUUAAUACUUUUAGAAAAAAGGUCCACGGAUUUUUUUUUAUUUAUUUAUCACAAAGCACAUGCUACAUACUAAGUAGUCUAAGGCAGUUUGAAACAUAAUUGUGUCUUCAGUUUGCGUGCUAACUUUAUAAACAGUUAAACGCAUUUCAAUAUUGGUAUAUAUUUUCAUCUGUGACCGUGUAAAAAUUUCAGCUCUAAAUAUUUAUACACAAGAGUAUAAAUAAAUCUUGAAAAAAAAUGUUUUCUUCGUAACAAAAGGUGAUAGACACAUCCGCUUUGUUUUAAAAUGUAUAUAAUAAAGUAUGUUUUUCGAAUAUCGUAGCAAAAUAAGAAAAAAUGUAACCCUUCGUUUUUCGCAUAAAAAUAACAAUUAACUUUGGAAAUGGUUUAUGAUUCACAUCGGCAAGGUAAAUUCGUGUAUUUUGCUUAUAAAUAUAUAAAUGCCCCUUGAAUGAACUCUGUAUAUUGCUCAGCAAAUUGGUAAUGAUGGCCGGAAUACAGAUGUUUUGGGAUAAACAAUUGGAAUUUCUCAAAAACUACUUGACCAAUCGACUCCAAUUUUGUUGUGGUUAUUUCAAGUAGCUGCGUGAAAUUAUCGUCGGUUUAGCAAGUGCUACAUGUAAAACCUGCAUUUUACCUCUUUUCACGUGUGGUCUCAUUUUGUAGGUCUCAUAAAUUUCUAAAAAUCUUAUUUGAAAACUUUCAUUUUAAUCCCAAAAAACACGUUUUCUCAUUCUUUGUUGUCGAAUAAAAAGUUGUCCCACAAAAAUUGGUGUACCCAUUUUAUGCGUCCAUGUUUUAAACACGCCGUUGAACAACUUGCAUCAAUAAAACCCGACUUUACAAUUAUUUCGAGGAAAUUUGCUAAUAUGAUUAGACUAACAGCCGUUUUAACGAUUUCUUGAUUUAUUCUAGUUUGAGGUCCUGAUUCGUAAAACAACUUUGUGUUCAGGCAUCUCAAAUUGAGAUGUAUUUGCUAUGUAUUAUUUUUAUCAUUAUUAUCUUGAUUACUGCUUGGAUAUAUUCUCAAAUAUCAGGAUACCUGUAUACCUUAUAUGCUUGUUGAUAUUCGAAUUUUUUGGAAAACCUAAUUUAGUAAGAUUCGUGAUGCAUAUAAAUUUUAUUUUUUAUAUAUUGUUCGUAAGUCUC